UUAGACUGUUAGACAUGGAGGUCGCACAAUAUUCGUCAAUGUUAUUAAGCAGAGCACCUAAAUGGAAGACCUGUUUUAUUUUGAUGAUGCUUCUAGUUGUUUUGUCCAUGUACUUGCCUACCAUUCAAAUUUUAAAAACUCGAGUAAUUCACUCUCCAACAGUCAAAUCCCAUUUUCUGGUCGACACGGAAGUUUGCCGUAUUCCCAAUGUGGAUCCAUUCGAUUCGUCCAUUAAAUUUUUGGUAAAGGACAAGAACUUCAUCAAAUGUCGAGGUGUGACGUCAUUGACCUUUCAAGAAGGCCAAAGGUUCGGUUAAACGUAGAUGUGAUAAAUACUAAAUAUAAAGGACAGUUUUCUUAUUGUGAAUAUCAUGGUAUAAACCGUGGCAACAACAAGGAUGACAAUAAAUACCAAUAUACACAGAAUGUGACGAUAUUUAAGAGGGAUAUUGUGGUUACUGAACAGUUUAUACGUGUUAAAUGUUAUGAUAAAUCACACAGUGUUAUAUAUUCUAAUUACCACGCCUUUAUCUUACCACAACCAAUCAGGCUUCAGCAAUUAAAGACACGCUUUAGUAAGCACCAGGAAGAGAAAAAACCGCUGGAAACUUUAAACGUUGCUAUGGUUGGUGUCGAUUCUCUUUCGAGAUUAAAUCAUAUUAGAAGUAUGCCUAAAACGCGUGACUACCUAUUACGUCACAUGGAUGCAAUAGAGUUACAAGGCUACACCAAAGUCGCUGAUUGUACUAUGGUUAAUAUCGUUCCCAUGACAACCGGCCGUUUUGCGGAAGAGUUGCCAUGGGAUGAAAAUAAAAGUAGGGAACCUUUCGAUAAAUAUAACUUCAUAUGGAAGAAUUUUUCUUCUAGUGGCUACUCUACUUUGUAUGCUGAGGAUCAUCCUCGGCUUAACGGUUUUAAUUAUUUUAAAAGUGGAUUUCACGUUCCACCUGCCGAUCACUAUUAUCGUCCAUUUGCUCUGGCCGUAGAGAGAGAUAACUCUGUAUGGACGGCGCGCCAUCAUUGUGUUGGUGAUCGAUUUGAAACAACCCUGGUUCUUAAUUACACGACAGAUUUCAUGAAAUUAUAUCACAGGCUCCCAUACUUUAGUUUCAGUUUUCUAAGCAGAUUAACACACGAUUUAAUAUCGAAUGCGGCCUCUGCUGACAUUCCCUAUUCAAACAUGUUUAGGAAUGUUCACACUCAGGGCCUACUUAACAACACCGUGUUGAUAUUUUUCAGUGAUCACGGAAUAAGAUUUGGAAAGAUCCGACAAACCUACAUCGGGAAAUUGGAAGAACGGCUGCCGGUGAUGUUUUUUGUUUUUCCAAAAUGGUUUUAUAAGAAAUAUCCCCAAAUAACACAAAAUUUAAAAAUAAAUCAAAAUCGAUUGACGACACCUUUUGAUAUUUACGAAACUUUAAAGGAUAUUUUGCAUUUUACUGGUUCUGUCAAAGGUGAUGUGGACGUUAAACAAAGGGGGAUAAGUCUAUUUGAAGAAAUCCCUGUGUCUAGAUCAUGUGACCAUGCUGGUAUAUUACCACAUUGGUGUGUUUGUAUGUCACAACAAGAGUUAUCUAGCAAUGAUAAUUUUUAUAACAUGAGCGUAAAUUAUUUGAUAAAUUACAUAAAUCAACAAUUCGUGUUAAAUAACGUUACAGACAUAUGUUGGCCAUUAAAAUUAGGACGUACGAAAUCGGUCCACAUGAUAAAAAACAACGACAAACUUUUGAAGUUCAAGAAAACUAAGAAUGAAGUUAUAAACAGAAUUGUGUCAUUUAAUAAAAAACGUGUACAUUCAAAAUUUAUUUUUCAAGUAGAAGUAUCACUGAUGCCCGGAUCAGGAGAAUUUGAAGCAGCCGUCCAGUACGACGAAACAACUAGAAAAUUCACAAUGGCCGGGGAUAUUAGCCGAAUAAACAAAUAUGGACAUGAUUCCGAUUGUGUCCAUGGGAAUUUGCUUCGUAAAUUAUGUUUCUGUAGAUAACAUUGAAAUCAUGGGGAGAUGAUUCCUCCGUAAAUUGUUCUAAAUGUGUAUUGUGUUUCCUGCUGACAAAAAAAAUAAAAUAUUAAAAUAUUGAAAACAAUAAAUGGCUAUUUAUUUUUAGUUGUACCUUACAGGCAGACAAGGGCGUGGAUUUGUCGUAACUUUUUUUUG